AGUCUGAGUUUCACAACAUGCAAUUUCGAAUCAGAUUUCAGCUGAAUUUAACUUCAGUUUCAUAGCAUAUUUUACAUYGAUUCUUUAAUAGUGACUUAAAGAGAUUAGUAUGGAUCAAGAGUUAGGGCAAGGAGAAGAAAGCUCAAAAAACACAGUACCAACAGAUGUACACAAGAAUUUAGCUCAAAAUGUUGAUGAAAAUGAAAAUACUGAAUCUGCACUUGAACAUWCAAAACCUUCAGAAACUUGCAUGACAGAAGAAAAAAAUAAUGAMWCAAGCAWAAUGAAYGRUUCUUCUACAAAAGUAAUUACAAAUGAUGAAAUGUUUGAUGAAAAAGAGUCUGAAAAAAAUGAACACAUUGAAUCAAAAACACUUGUAGACUCUAUUUCAAAUAGAGAAAGUGAMAAAAACAAUGAAUURACUAYUGAGGGUACUAWGGAAAGCAAUGAAAUUGGAGAGCAGGGUUCCAUGUCUGUUGAAAGCAAAGAAGAUUCUUCAACUAMUGGAGCUGAAGUUUCAACUGUACCAAUAAUUCAUACUGSUGACGUAGCAGAAGAUCAUAUCAAAGAGCAUGACAAAGAAGUAAAAUCAGAACCAACAAUCAAAAGUGAUGAAAUUACAAUGAAUAUGCCCACUUCUACUGAGGAAUCUGAGAAGAUAGAGGAUCUAGCAAGUAAUCAGACAACAGCAGUUGACAAUGAUCAUUCAAAAAAAGAAUUAAUUGAAGAAAUAACAGAGAAAAYGAAUGAAAAAAGUGAGUUUAAUGAGGAAAAUGAGCAGACUGAAAAGACAKCUCAAGAAGCUGAAAGUCCACCAGGUAUAAAAUCAGAAGGAGCUGUUUCAGCUGGAGUCGAGACAAUURAWGGUAUGUUAUUUCURUUAUCUUGAUUAUGAUGAUGUGGACUGAUUAUAGUGAUUACAAUGAUGAUUUGGUUGUUAGACAUUAACCUCUG